ACCGGACCGUUCACUAAAUAAAAUUAAGAAUAUCUCAUUUACAGCAGUUCGCUUCCAACUUCGCACUCAGAACUGUGAAGGGUGGACUAGAGGAAUAACAUGGAAACUAGGAGUGGACCUGUUGUAGCCAGCCUCUUCGUAUUGUUAUGCGUGUUACCUACUAUAUUAUGUGCUUCAGGUGAUGGAUUGGUAAGAAUUGGACUGAAAAAGUGGAAAUUUGAUCAGAACAAUCGAAUUGCUGCUCAUCUAGAAUCUAAGGAUGGACGGUCUUUGAGAGGUUGCGAUAAGAAUUAUCAACUUCGUGGGAAAUCAGGUUACAGAGAAGAUUCUGAUAUUGUGCCCCUUAAGAAUUAUCUGGAUGCUCAAUAUUUUGGUGAGAUUGGCAUUGGCAGUCCUCCACAGAAGUUCAAAGUAAUAUUUGACACGGGGAGUUCCAAUUUAUGGGUUCCUUCAUCUAAAUGUUAUUUUUCGGUUGCUUGCUAUUUUCAUUCUAAGUACAAGUCAGGGCGUUCAAGUACCUAUAAGAAGAAUGGUAAACCUGCUGACAUACGUUACGGAACUGGUGCUAUUUCUGGGUUCUUUAGUGAAGAUCAUGUGAAACUUGGUGACCUAGUGGUGGAGGAUCAGGAGUUUAUUGAGGCAACAAGGGAGCCUAGUGUCACAUUUCUAGUUGCUAAGUUUGAUGGCAUACUUGGACUUGGAUUUCAAGAGAUAUCUGUGGGAAAUGCAGUACCUCUCUGGUAUAACAUGGUUAACCAAGGUCUUGUAAAUGAACCUGUGUUCUCUUUUUGGCUUAACCGUAAUGCUGAUGAAGAAGAAGGAGGUGAAAUUGUUUUUGGUGGAAAGGACCCUAAUCAUUAUAAGGGGGAGCACACAUAUGUACCAGUGACUAGAAAGGGGUAUUGGCAGUUUGAUAUGGGUGAUGUAUUAAUUGGUGGUAAAUCAACAGGAUUUUGUGCUGGUGGCUGUUCAGCGAUUGCUGAUUCUGGAACCUCUUUGUUGGCUGGUCCUACGGCUAUUAUUACUGAAGUUAAUCAUGCAAUUGGGGCCGCAGGAGUUGUGAGUCAGGAGUGCAAGGCCUUAGUUUCGCAAUAUGGAGAAACUAUAAUAGAGAGGAUUCUUGCCAAGGAUCAACCAGAGAAAAUAUGCUCACAAAUUGGUUUAUGCACUUUUGAUGGUGCGCGAGGUGUAAGCAUGGGCAUUGAGAGUGUUGUUGAUGAGAGUGCUGGAAGGAGCCAUGGUGGUUUGCAUGAUGCCAUGUGCUCCACUUGUGAGAUGGCAGUGGUGUGGAUGCAAAACCAGCUUAGGGAGAACCAAACCCAGGAGCGUAUACUUAACUAUGUUAAUGAGCUUUGUGAACGUCUUCCUAGUCCAAUGGGUGAAUCGUCAGUUGACUGCAACAGUUUGGCAUCAAUGCCCAAUGUUUCUUUUACAAUUGGUGGGAAGACAUUUGAACUCACUCCUGAGCAGUAUCUCCUCAAAGUUGGUGAAGGAGACAUAGCUCAGUGCGUUAGUGGAUUUAUAGCCAUGGAUGUUCCUCCCCCACGGGGACCUCUUUGGAUCCUGGGUGAUGUAUUUAUGGGUACAUACCACACAGUAUUUGACCAUGGAAAUCUGAGAAUUGGGUUUGCGGAAGCAGCGUAAGUGCGUCUUUUACGCAUCUCGGUUUUUUGGCAGUUCUUAUUAUCAUGCAAGAGAGUUCCUUUUGUAUGAAUUAUAGAUAAUAACACAGGGAAACACGUCUGCAUGACCUCUUUAUCUAGUCUUUAUGUUGUUACCACUGAGAAAACUGGUCAUAUUACUUUCAUAGCAAAUACGAAGCCGAUCUCUGUGUUUUAUUUGUGUGACUUGUAAGCUGCUGUGUAUAUAUUAUCAUGUGAGCCUAGAAGGGAACCUGUAUCGAAAACGAUGGGAAAGGGGUGGUUUUAAGCCUGUAUUGGUCAAUUGCAUCUUAUGUAUUUAAUUAAAUAUUUUUAGUGUGGUGGCAUGAUAAUGUGUUACGCAAGUUCUUUGGCGUAUGAAAAACUGAAUCAUAAUGGUUAAUGCUACUUA